AUGGAACUCAACCGAGAACAUUUUCGCGCAUUAAUUUAUUACAACUUUCAGAGACAAUUAUCGCAACAAGAAUGCCUUGCUGAGUUACUGUCUGUUUUCGGCAACGAAGCGCCACAUCAGUCGACAAUUUCCCGUUGGUAUGGAGAAUUCAAACGUGGACGGGUGAGUCUUAGCGACGAAAACCAAAAACCAAAAACGGCAGUCACCGAGGAAAACGUCGAUGCUGUGCGCAAACUCAUCAUUGAAGAUAGACAUGUGACAUAUCGCCAGAUUGAGGCGUCCUUGAAGAUCUCAACGGCCUCAGAUCAAAAAAUUUUACAUGAAGAAUUAGGAGUAAGAAAAUUACAGAAAGCAGCCAGGGUUAAUUGGUGUAAAAAAACGCUUGACCGUUUCAAUUCCGGAAACUCAAAAAAUGUGAACAGCAUUGUUAGUGAUGAUGAAUCGUGGAUUUACUGUGAAGGAAAGCCAACAAAAGUCAUCCGUUCUCGAAGUGUUUCGAAAAAGAUGGUCGCCACAUUUGUGUCAAAAGCGGGUCAUAUUGCAACAAUUCCUCUAAAUGAGCAAAGAACUGUUACUGCGGAUUGGUAUACCACCAUUUGUUUGCCAAAAGUCAUCACCGAGCUUCGAAAAAUCAACCCCGAAAGAAGAAUCAUCCCCCACCAAGACAAAGCAAGCUCGCACACAGCCCAAAAAACAAGGCAGUAUUUAACGGAAGAAAACGUGGAAUUAUUGGACCACCCUCCAUAUAGUCCCGAUCUAAGUCCUAACGAUUUUUUUACUCCACCAGAAGAAGCAGUUGACGCAUUCAAAAAUGCCGUUUUCAAUCUGCCAGCAAACGAGUGGAAUAAGUGCUUCGAAAAUUGGUUCGAGCGCCUGCAGAUGUGUAUUAGUCUUGGUGGAGAAUACUUCGAAAAACAAUAA